AUGGCGACUCCCGAAUGGCUCCAAGUCGGCGCUCCGACACUGGACAGACCUUUCGGCGUGCACCUGUGGCCCAUAUUCGAAAAGGCCUUCGAAGCAGUCAAGGGAUACAGUCCGGAGGACUUUCGCUUCGUGCCGGGCAAAACUCCAAUGGCUUCAAUGCCGGAGACGGCCAUUACUCUGAUUUCCUACUACAUCAUUAUCUUCGGCGGCCGCGAGUUCAUGAAGGAUCGCCCGGCCUUCAAGUUGAACACCUUCUUCAAGAUUCACAAUUUCUACCUCACCGCCAUUAGCGGAAUACUGCUGCUUCUUUUUCUGGAGCAGCUGAUUCCGACCAUCACGAGAAACGGUGUUUUCUACGCAAUCUGCCACUACAACGGAGGCUGGACCCAGCCAUUGGUCGUUCUUUACUACCUGAACUACCUGACCAAAUACCUCGAACUCAUUGACACCUGCUUCCUCUUCCUCAAGAAGAAGCCGCUCACCUUCCUCCACACCUAUCACCACGGCGCGACCGCACUUCUGUGCUACACCCAGCUCCUCGGCCAUACCGCGGUAUCAUGGGUUCCCAUCACCCUGAACCUGACUGUGCACGUUGUCAUGUACUGGUACUACUUCCAGUCGGCGCGCGGCAUCAGGAUCUGGUGGAAGAAGUACAUCACCAUGCUCCAGAUCAUUCAAUUCGUCAUUGAUCUUGGAUUCGUCUACUUCGCAUCCUACACCUACUUCAGCGCCCGCUACUUCCCAUGGCUCCCGACUUACGGGCUCUGCGCUGGCGAGGAGUUUGCUGCAUUUGCCGGCAUGGGCAUUCUCAGCUCGUACUUGGUUCUGUUCAUUGGAUUCUACAUCUCGACAUACAAGAAGCCAGUUAAGAAGGGUAGAGGCCGCGCGACUAGUGCUCUCGUGGAAAUGAAGGACGAGCAAGUUCCAGAUGUCAAGGAGGUCAGGAGAAGGCUGUCGGGUAAUGCCCAGACGAUGAAUGGAUACAACAGCAGCUACAGCUCUGGAAAGGAUGUGACUGCCACCCCCAGCGGCCGAGUCACCAGAUCACGAAAAGCAUAG